GACAUGCGACUUGGUGGUCAUAAUUCAAUCGACGUACCUCUCGAGUAUCAGACAGAUUGAUAAAUUAAUUGGCCAUGGCGGAACAGGCGACAGCAGAGCAGGUCAAGUCCAUGGAGGAGCUAGUGUCCUUCCUGUCGCACCCGCGGCCAGAGCUGCGUAAGUCGGCGUCCAGUCUGCUCAUCAAUAUGACAGCGUCGGAUCAGGGCAUGUUCCAGUUGCUGCAGCUCAAGAAGUUUGACGUAGUGCAGGCUCUUUGCCGCGUCGUGAGCGACAUGCGUCCUAUCGCAGAGGACGCUAUCAAGGCGCUCAUUAAUCUCACAGCAGCCAACCCGGCGGCAUGUGAGCGUGCACUCAAGUACGAUCUUUUGAACCGUGUCAUGACUCAAGUGGAGGACGACGAGUGGCGCCUCACUGACUACUCCAUGAUGCUUUUGGCUAACGUGACCACAACGCCCGAAGGUGCCAAGGCACUGCUUGGCUACGACGACAAGGCCACAGAUGCCACGCUUGCAUUGCGUGAGAAGAAAAUCCGCACACUUACGAAUUCAUUCCUGGAAGGACAACCAGAACCCGAUGGAGUAGACAGCUCCACCGGCGAGCCCAAGUGGGACGACGAGUACCAGUAUGUCGCCAACAUUCUGGCCAACAUCAGUCAGCUCGAACAGGGUCGUGAUUUCCUGCUCAAGAUGCGUCAGAGUACGUCGCUAGCCGGUGCACUUCUGUCACAGCUCAAGUCUCCCAAUGUCGUGCGGCGACGUGGUGUUACCGCUGCAUUGAAGAACUUGUGCUUCGAUACGGACAACCACUUCUACCUGUACGACCAAUUGGAUAUCCCUACGCACAUGAUGGUCUUGCUUACUGGUCCAGAGGAGCUCGACGAGGACGACAAGAUGGGGAUGAACCCGGUUGUGUACAGCCAAGGCGACAAGAAGAAGCGCGAGCACGACAGACUGGUUCGUCUUGCAGCAGUGGACUGCCUGCUACUGUUGUGUACGACCCGCAACGGUCGUAAGGAGCUGCGUCGCAAGAAGGUGUACCCGAUUAUCCGUAAUGCUCACUUGGUGGAGUCCGACGAGGAGAUUGGUGACCAGAUCUACAAACUUGUGGACUUCCUGAUCCGUGACGAAGAGGGCGAAGAGCCUGAUUGGGAUGAGGUCCGUGCAAAGUCGUUUGCUGCUGAUCAGGAGACUAAGACGGGUGAGAACGGCGAGGUAGUGCUGCCUCCGACUCCUGCUGCUCCGGUGAAGGCAAUUGAGGCUAAGAAGGAGCCUGAACCUGCUACGAAGGUUGAAUCCAAGCCAAAGGCAGUCGAGAGAAAACCUGUUACGGCAUCCUCGACUCUUCCUACGAGUGGAGAAGACGAAGAAGUGUCGGACGAUGUUGCUGACGGACUUGCUCACGAGAUUUCGGCUCUGGAUGUUAGCAGUGACGAAGAGGAAGACGAAGACGACCUCGGUGUGGACUAAACUGAUAGGUAGAUCUGCCUUGUCAUAGAAUCUUUCCGCACAUGUAUUGUCGUUUUGUGUUCAUUUUGUUGCUAACAUGACGCUCAAUGAGUGUGUAUGAGCAGAAUAAAGUAUAUGGAUACGACAUGUUAUUGCCUCUGUGCAUGCUGGACGAUGUGCUUCGUGCCUCAAGAG